AUGAUAAUAGGAACGUCCUUUCUCCUGUGCUUGUUCACACUGAUCAUCACCUCCAUGCACAUCACUUUAAAAGCCACCAGCGGUAAAUGUGAAGUAAGUAGAAACGUCAAGUACCUGAAACAGUUAAACAGGAUUACCACGAAAAGGUAUUAUUUGUGUAAAAUUUUUAAGGACAGCUUCCCCUGCUUUUUUGGCAUCUCUGGAGGGUAUGACCCAAAUGAUAGUAGUGGCAGGCUGCUCAAGCGUAAUGCUAUACAAUGGGAUCAGUUAAAAAUAAAAAAUGAAAUCUGCCCAAAGGGAAGGCCUUGCGAUGAGGUGCAAGUAGAAAGGGUAGGACAAGAAAGGAACCCUCCCAAUGAUGACCAACGUGUAGGUAGCCAUAAGGGAGAUACAAAAUGGAUCAUACAGGAUGGAAACCGCUACACGGAUAAUGCAAAUAAAAAGGCAUGUGACGGAAUGAGUGGUAGCAGGACACACUCACCCACUCGUAAAGCACCAAAUAUGUUAUUCAUCAAUUACACCGGUUUGAAGCAAUUGAACAAGUAUGGCCUGAGAAGGGGGGGUGGUUUUAUUAAUGGGAAGCGGACCCUUUUACAAUCCUGUGAAGGUAACCCACCGCAGGAGUUCUCCACCAAUGCUACUCUAGCAAGGAAGCUGUACAACGUCAAGAACGAUGACACCCAAAUGUGGAGAGAGCCACAAAACCUCACAGGUGCAAAUGAAAAGAACAAUGGUGAGAAGGACCCCCCCAAUUUGAAUGCCCUCUUUGAUCAAAUAAACACCUACAUAGAUGUGAAAAGAUACAAAGAUACAUACGGCGAGGAAAUUUAUAACCAAAUAAUAAAAUUAUAUGUACAUAGGGAUGUCCCCGAGAAUUACGAACAGUUGUUCUUCACUGAACCGACAGAGAAGAGCGUCGCAUUGGACGUGGACAAAUAUGAUGAAGACCAAUUUCAGAAACUAAUGCAGGAGGAGUUCCAAAGAAAUGGAGUCCUCAUAAAAAAUAUUAAUAAGGAUUACUACACAAGGAACAACAUAAAGAAAGUUCUUAAUGUCUUAAAUUAUUUACCUCUACUAAAAUUAAUAAACAAUCCGAUCGAUUUAAAAAAAUUGAAAAAGGAAUACCUACCUCUACUGGCACACGAAUUAAAAAUGUUUCUUUUCUUCAUGGUUAAUAUAACUGGUGGUCAUUUUUCCGCUGGGCUGAGCUUGCUAGAAGUGCAGCUAUUGUUAUUGUACCUGUUUGAUCAGCCUCAUGAUGACGUGAUCUAUGACAUUGGUCAUCAGACAUACGUGCACAAAAUACUCACAGGACGGAAGUUCCUCUUUUUAUCACUAAGACAGAAGAAAGGAUUAUGUGGCUUUUUAAACACUUUUGAAAGUACCUACGACAAAUUUGGGGCUGGUCAUAGCUCCACUGCACUCAGUGCCAUCCAGGGGUUUUAUGAAGCCGAUUGGCAGGUAUGUGAACAGAGAAGGAAUUCUCAAUCGGAAGAGAAACAAACACACCCCAUGGAAGAGGCAAAAAAUAUUUCUUUUAUCCAACCUGGUGAAGGGAGCACAAUACGUACAGGGGAGAAUUAUCAUACGAGUCAUGCCAAGGGAGGAACCACACAAGAAGAGAGUGCCUACCUGGGGCGAAAUAAUUUAGCGGACCAUUUGAACAAAGUACAUAUUGCUAUUAUUGGGGACGGCGGUCUAACAGGUGGUAUGGCACUGGAAGCGCUAAAUUACAUUUCCUUCUUAAACUCCAAAGUGCUAAUUAUUUAUAAUGAUAAUGGACAGGUGUCUCUCCCGACUAAUGCACCCAGCAUCUCGGGGCACCGGCCCAUCGGCUCCAUCUCUGACCACCUCCGCAGCUUUAUCACAAGCAAAAGUGGAAAAGGAGAAAAUGUACCUUCCAGUGGUAGGGAAAAGAAUAACAUUUUUGAAAAUUUGAAUUACGAUUAUGUGCAAGUACAAAACGGAAAUAACACAGAAGCCCUUUUCAACGCGUUGUCUUCCUUUAAGAAGGGGAAUAUGAGUAGAGCCACUGUAUUACAUGUAUGUACCAACAAGACCAGUGAGUUUAUAAACACGAGGGCACCUAUAACUGUGAUGCACUCAGUUAAGAAGAACGAAAUUUUUCCCUUCAAUGUGGAUACACUGAGUUCUGAUGUGCCAGCAGUUAAGUCUCAAGGACACAGCACCAUCCACAACCAGCAUGAUGGAGCGCAGAAUGAUGCAGCGCAGAAUGAUGCAGCGCAGAAGGACAAAUGCAACUCCGGGGCAGGACAACAGGAAGGGAUGUUCUCCAAGAAAAAAACCUUCACAGAUGUGUACACAGAAGAAAUGCUCACAUAUUUGGAGCGAGAUAAAAAUAUUAUUUUCAUUUCCCCAGCCAUGCUAGGGGGAUCCGGAUUAGUAAAGAUCAGCGACAAGUACCCCAAUAAUGUGUACGACGUGGGAAUCGCAGAGCAGCACGCCGUAACCUUCGCAGCAGCUAUGGCCAUGAAUAAGUCCUUAAAAGUUCACCUAUGCAUUUAUUCUACAUUUAUGCAAAGAGCAUAUGAUCAAAUAAUACAUGACUUGAACUUACAGAAGGUCCCCUUAAAAGUUAUCAUCGGUAGGAGUGGCUUAGUCGGGGAAGAUGGAGCUACUCACCAAGGACUCUAUGACCUUACUAUUUUGGGUGCCUUGAACAAUGCAUGCAUUAUAUCACCUAGCAACCAAGUGGAUUUGAAACAAGCACUCAAAUUUUGCUACCACGAUGUGAACCGAUCUAUAUUUGUUCGCCUGCCAAGGAUUAACAUCUUCACCGCGGAGUACUUGCAGAAGUAUUUCCGCAUCGGGGUGCAGCCCCAGGAAGGUGCAAAUGUAGGAAGAGAUAGUCAAGUGGGUCGCGAAGGAACAAACACAGGGGAAGAUCCGAACAAGGACGAUAUGCAAACAUUUUUUGGAAAAGCCCGAGUUAUUAAAAUGAGCUCAGAGGAAAAAAAACCAAACGAAGAGGGGAAAAAAAAAGUGGUCAUAUAUAACAUGGGCAGUAUGCUAUUUAAUGUACUGAACGCGAUUGAAGAAAUGGAAAAGGACGUUUUUUUUUCUAACAAAUUUUCCUUCUCAAUUAUUGAUAUGAUUUUCCUAAACCCAAUGGAUAAAAAAAUAAUAGAUUACGUCAUUGAGGAGAAUAAGCAUGAUGUACACAUUACGUACGAGGACAACACAGUAGGUGGAUUCGCAACCCACUUCAAUAAUUACCUAAUAGAAAAAAAUUACAUUGCUAGACACAAGUUGUCUGUUCAUAAUAUUUACCUACCGACUGAUCCCAUUGAACACGCUACGUAUAUGGAGCAACAUGUAGAUGUAAAAAUGGAUUCAUGUAACUUACAGAACAGAAUAAAGAGUUUCUUACAAGCACAGCUGUCCAAUUGA